AUGACAAACCGGAACAUAAACAUUAGCACGUGGCGUUGGUUAUGAAACCAGUCCUUUUUGCAUUAUCACUCGUAUUAAGUGAUAUUUACAAUGGCAUCGAGAUCCAGAGCAGUAAUUUGUCUUUUAAGGAACAACCUUCGUUAUCAUGAUAAUGAGGUUUUCCAGUGGGCCCACAGGAACAGUGACUUCGUCGUGCCAAUCUACUGUUUUGACCCCCGUCAUUACAAAGGCACAUGGCACUUCAGCUUCCCAAAGACAGGUCCUCACAAGCUCAAGUUCUUGUUGGAGAGUAUCGCAGAUCUCAGAGAUGUCUUGAAACAAAAGGGAAGUGGGCUAAUCAUCAGACAGGGAAAACCUGAAGCCAUCAUCCCAGAACUAAUCAAGUCUUUACAAUCCGAGGUAGAGGUGACUGGACUUGUCUAUGAAAAUGAGGCAACUAAAGAAGAGCUUGAUGUAGAAGAGGCCCUUCGUGUCCUCUGCAGUGUCCCAAUCAAGACUUUCUGGGCCUCCUCUCUUUACCAUAAAGAUGACAUACCUUUCAAAGCUAGUCAAGUACCAAACGUUUAUUCAGACUUUCGUAAACAAGUUGAAAAUAGAUCCCAGGUGCGUCCACUGGUACAAAUGCCGGACAAGCUCAAACCACUGCCACCUGGUGUUGAAGAGGGAGAACUACCAACAUAUCCGUCCUUUGGUAUCGGAGACCCUGUAUCAGAUGAUCGCACUGCCUUCCCAUUCAGUGGUGGAGAAACAACUGGUCUUGGUCGAUUAGACUUCUAUCUCUGGGGAUCUGAUAAAGUGGCAACUUAUAAAGAGACAAGGAAUGGUCUUAUUGGCGAAGAUUAUUCGACAAAGUUUUCACCCUGGCUGGCCCAUGGUUGUAUUUCACCGAGACAGAUCUACUGGGAGGUCAAGCGCUAUGAGAAGGAACGCACAUCAAACCAGUCAACAUACUGGGUCAUAUUUGAGCUCCUUUGGAGAGACUAUUUCAAAUUUGUUGCAUUGAAGUUUGGUGAUAAAUUAUUCUACAGAUCUGGAGUACGUGGAUUAGAUAUUCCGUGGAAGAAAGAUAUGCAUCUUUUCGAAGCCUGGAAAACUGGUAAGACUGGUGUACCAUUCGUUGAUGCCAACAUGAGAGAGAUGGCAGCCACAGGUUUCAUGUCAAAUAGGGGUCGCCAGAAUGUUGCCAGCUUCCUUGUCAAGGACCUCGGCCUUGACUGGCUCCUGGGUGCAGAAUGGUUUGAACAUCUCCUGACAGACCAUGAUGUUUGCAGUAACUAUGGCAACUGGCAGUACUCUGCAGGUGUCGGGAAUGACCCGCGUCAGGACAGGAAGUUCAACAUGGUCAAGCAAGGCCUGGAUUAUGACGCAGAGGGUGACUAUAUCCGUCGCUGGGUCCCUGAACUCCAAGGUAUCAAAGGUGGCAAUGUGCAUGUCCCUUGGACACUGAGUCCAAAUGUCCUUGCCAGAGCUGAUGUCAAGUUAGGGGAGACAUAUCCACAACCUAUUGUGAUAGCACCGGAAUGGUCCAGACACGUUAAGAAGCCGGGGUCUGCAAGCAGAGGAGGAGGUGGUCGAGGUGGUGGUGCAAGGGGUGGUGGACCCCCGGCAAAACAACGAGGCAUUGACUUCUAUUUCAAAGGUGGAAAGACAUUUUAAGACUAUGAGAGAGGGAGGGUGUGAUUCAUGAGGUUUGAAGGAGUCUCCGUUUGAUGUUAAAUUAGCAGUCAAAUAACAGGACACAUGUGGAUGUAAUAGCUAUGGUGGAAUAUCAGUGUGUUGAACUUAUGAGAAAUUGUAAAGAGAACAAGCUACAGGGAGCGAAUCUCAAAUUCUAGUUGAGCGAACUGAGUGACAGCCGAAACUGGGUGCCCCUUGUGUAUUCAGUUUUUCUCAGGUUGAAGGACUGUGUCUAAUGUGAAUGUGAGGUGCUACUUUAUCAAGACAUUGGGCAUUAAUAAGUAGAAUAUUGAUAUGUUAUUGUCAUCACCACAUCAUGUUAUAUCCAAUGAAGUUAUUAAG